AUGUAUUCCGUCGUCGUUCGACCCAACGGUGCCCGCUUCUGGAGCUGCCGAGGAUUUUACACGGCAACACCGUGUCCACUGUCCUUGGCUUCCGUUUUUUCCGAACCCAGUGGAUGCCGCCAAACGACACCGCACACGGACUCCGAAAGACUUGAUUUUUUGACGGGAUUUGACAGGCGGCUUUCUAACUAUGCGGUAACGACGCGAAAACUGCAAGUAUUUGUGAAUCGCUGUCUGCGGAGUAUCACCCGCGCUUGGUGGCCUGGCAACUGGAUCUCAAAUGUGAAAUUACAUUACCGGUGUCAUCAAAGGGCGCUAGAAAUCGACAUUCGCAAACUGUUACGAAUCGAACGGCCCAGUGCAGUGAUGAUGUUUCGCGCAGCGUUAGCCAUCGGUUUGGCCGCCAUUGCGGUGCAGGCCAAUUCCGACUUCGAAACAUGGCAAAAGGUGAACAGCUUGAUGCCCCGUGGACUGGAAUCGAUGCCGGAGACCCCGGGAACAGGAUUCAUCGUCGGAGGUCUGGAUGCGUCGAUUGCCGAUUUUCCCUACUUGUUGUCACUUCGUUUGAACGGAUCGCACAUGUGCGGUGCUUCGGUGAUUUCUGAGGAAUGGGUCCUGACGGCGGCCCAUUGCACUUUCGCUUUUUUGAAUCGGGAAGAACUGACCCUUCAGGGUGGAACCCACAAUCGAUCGGAUGGAGGAGUGAUUUUCACUAUUGCUGAGGUUGUGGAACAUCCGUUGUGGGAUCUGAACACGAUUACUUUCGAUGUGGCUGUUAUUAGGACGGUGGAACCUCUGAUCGGUCACUACUAUAUUCGACCAGUUGCUCUGGAUCCGGUGGGAACGGAACAUCCGGCUGGCAGCCGAGCUGUUAUUUCCGGUUGGGGUCGAACAACAGUUGAGUACUUCGAGAUCCCUGAAAUCUUCUUACAAAAAUUGAGCAAGCCUAUCAUCGAUCAGGAGCUGUGCGAUUAUCUCUGGGGUGGAUUCGUUCAGGAUGAUAUGCUUUGUGCCGGGCUGGAGCUGGGUCAUGAUGCCUGUAACAUGGACAGCGGUGGCCCGAUGGUCGUCAAUGGCGUUCAGAUUGGAGUCGUUUCCUGGGGUAACAGCCAGUGUGCUGGAAACUAUCCCGGGGUCUAUGCUCGUGUUGCCUUCCCCGGGAAUCCCGUAACUGGAUCACUGAAGUCACUGGAAUUUGAAUUUAUCGACAGAGAAAGAUGUAGACCACCGGAAACUUUGAAAAUACCAACACCAAAAGCGGCUUCCCACGAAGAGGCCCACGAAGAUUGGAGCUCAAAUUCGCGCCUUUUACAGCAGUUGGAAGAAGUUUGCCACCACUUCUCCCUUCUACUAAGCUUGGGUUGGACGGUCGAUCCGUCAGGGUUUAAAUCUCCCGGCGGGGGAACGCCAACAAGUUCCAUCAGCUUCCAGCUGGAGCUGGUUCCGGUUUAUGAAACUUGGACCGGGCAGGGAAAGUGUAAAGCGGGAACUUAUUUUUCUCCGGCUAAGCAAAUUUAUCAAAAUUUGUUUACGCCGUACUGGAGCUUCUUUCCUGUGCUUUGGGCAGGAAGUUUUGUUUUUCCUGGUGGAAUUACGUGGCGAAAACUGACGCUGGGGGAGCUGAGCGAGAAAAAUUAG